AUGGCGGAAAGCGCAAAGCCACUGAUGCUAGUUGCUAUCGACGACAGUGAGCACAGCUACUAUGCAUUGGACUGGACUCUGGACCAUUUCUUUGUCGACGGGGCCAGCCAUCUUUUCCGGCUCGCCCUCGUUCACGCCAGGGCAUCUCCGGCUUCUGCUCUUGGAGUCGCCGGAGUUGGCUCUGGCGACUUCCUGAAUUCGUUGAUUUCUGAUAUGAAGAAAUCGGCUAAUAAGACCGUCGAAAAGGCCAAGGAAUUGUGCACCAAGAAAAAGGUGGAGAAUGUGCAAGUGGAAGUUAUGGAAGGUGAUCCAAGAAACGUUAUGCCUGAAGCCGUGGAUAAACACGGUGCAGCUCUCUUGGUUCUCGGCAGUCAUGGUUAUGGAGCGGUAAAGAGGGCAGUUCUGGGGAGUGUAAGCGACCACUGUGCUCAUCAUGCUAACUGUUCAGUGAUGAUUGUGAAGAGGCCAAUGAACAAGCCUGCUGCCAAGUAGUGAUUGAUAUUGGACUAGGCUUGAACCGUUAAAAUAAAGAUGGAUGUGGCUCUAGCUAGAGUAGUACUAUUGUGUGGACCUUUUCAUACUCGUUCUCUCAUCAUCAUAAAAUUACGAACUAGAUUCUAUGUCGAUUUUGUUUUGUAAUGUAAAUUUCAGGGUAAUAUUGGAAUGGAUUGCAUUCUUGCAAU